CGCCCAGAUGCGGUUGUUGGUCUGGCAAUCAUGUGCAUGGGCGUUUGCGGAGGAGGGGGCCGAGGGGGCUGGAUCACUUACAUUUCCUCGAGCACUUGCUCCUGAUCGACGGACCAAUGAGCACUGUCGCCCGUCCUUCUACGCCAACGGUGACACCGGCGGAACUCGUCAAGCCCCAGCAUGGGUCGCCGUCACCUGGCUCGAGCUAAUGAGAUAGCAAGUGACCGCUGGUCGCUGAUGAAGCGGGGGGAGGGAAAGGCCAUCAUGUAUUGCAAGGUCCAUGGUGUUGCCGGCAGGAACUUGCGCUGUGUCUUUCGUCUGAUAUGGUAGGUAGCCCCUAAUCCUGGAUUAGCAUCCAGGUCCAUCAGAGUCGGACGACAGGGCAGGCUCUGCUUUCAUUUGUUAUCUGUUGUGGACUGUAUAUAUAACCUGCAACUCCCAUCACCUUCUACGAGCUGAUGUGCUCUGAUACUACAUAUGUACUCUGCUGGACGCCCUACUUGAUCACACCCUACCCCCGGCACCUCAGCUACUAAUAUCUGAUAUCAUCGUUGGAUGAAGUAGCAUUAGCUUUUAAAGUUCUAGGUGCCGCAAACCUUACCUCUGCACCUAUCCCGAACCCCCUUGCUCCCCUGUCCUGGUGCUGGUGCAUGGUGGAUAUUACCAAAGCAUUACUCGACAGAAACGCUCGUGAGGCUCUCAACCGUCGACACCCCCGUGGGGUUCGCUAGACGACGACAAUGCAGAGGUUACAUACUUCCCGGGGCAAGUCAUGGAUCGAGAAGGUGGCGGUGGACAAUGAGGAGGGCCUCUCCACAGCCCAGCUUAUGUUGACGAACAAUGACCUGAAGCCCGUUGAGCCGGCCCGGAGGCAGUGGGGCCCGUGGAACUUUGUCGGCUUCUGGGUCGCCGACUCUUUCAACAUUAAUACAUGGAUGAUCUCCUCUGCUAGUAUCGUCAAUGGCCUUUCAUGGUGGCAAGCAUGGCUCGGUGUCUGGCUUGGUUACUCUAUCGCCGGUGCCUUCGUGUGCACAACCGGUCGCAUUGGUGCGACUUAUCAUAUCGGCUUUCCCGUUGUCAAUCGUGCCAGUUUUGGUAUCUGGGGUAGUCUAUGGCCGGUACUGAACCGUGCCGUCCUCGCCGCCUUCUGGUAUGGUGUUCAGGCCUACAUCGGCGGACACUGCGUAUACCUCAUGAUUAGAAGCAUUUGGCUUAGCUGGGAUCGAAACACCAUUCCCAACACCUUCGCCGCCGGUUCCGGUACGACGACUGCCGACUACGCAUCCUUCUUCAUCUUUUGGUUGGUCUCGCUUCCGGCUAUCUGGUUUCCCGUCCACAAGGUCCGUCACCUAUUCACGGUUAAGGCCUACUUCGUUCCUACCGCCGGCAUUGCUUUCUUUAUCUGGGCUUUGGUCAGAGCUGGCGGUCCAGGUCCCAUCAUCAACCAACCUGCAAAAUUAGAGGGCAGCGAAUUAGCCUGGGAGUUUGUGAAGGGUGUCUUGAGUUCCAUUGCCAACUUUGCCACGCUCAUCGUCAAUGAUCCGGAUUUCGCGCGUUUUGCUACCAAACCUAGUGACGCCUUUUGGCCACAGCUGCUGACUAUCCCUAUCGGCUUCGCGGUGACCUGUUUCGUGGGUAUCUUUGUCUCGUCUAGCUCCGUCAUCAUUUACCCUGGCUCGCAGCCUAUCUGGGAUCCUCUGGAUUUACUUGAGAGAUUCAUUGAUGAUGGUGGUUCCGCACAGCGCUUUGGUGUUUUCGUCAUCGCCCUCGCAUUCGCACUGGCGCAACUGGGCACCAACAUUGCCGCGAACUCAAUCUCCGCUGGUACUGAUUUCACGGCAUUGCUUCCGCGAUUCAUCAACAUCCGUCGUGGUGGAUAUCUGUGUGCAGCUAUCGGCCUUGCGCUUUGCCCCUACCAGUUCCUCUCGUCGUCAAACAACUUUGAGACAUACCUAUCAGCAUACUCUGUCUUCUUGAGCUCCAUCGCCGGCGUCAUGGUUAGCGAUUAUUACUUCGUUCGUCGCGGUUAUCUUGGAGUCAAGGAACUCUACGACGCACGCAACACUGGCCCUUAUUACUUUACCUUUGGUGUCAACUGGCGCGCAUACGCAGGUUACAUCGCUGGUAUCUUGAUCAACGUUGUGGGAUUCGUCGGCGCUGUUAAUGGCGGUAAUGUCCCAAUAGGUGCUACAUACAUAUAUAACGUUAACUUCUUCGCUGGGUUCAUCGUAGCUGCAGCGGUGUACUGGAUCUGCUGCAAACUGUUCCCCAUCCCGGCAUGCAGCGACACAUGGCUUGAGGUUGGAGACCAGGUCGACGAGGUCACGCUCGCCUACAACGACGAUACGAGCGCCGCUGGAAGCAUCGCUGGUAGUGAUAGGCCAAAGAAAAUUGACGAGGAGACUGGUUUGGACGAAAGAAGUAGCACUGGAUAUCGCACUAUGCAUUAAGCGAAUUAGACUUCAUCAAAGCAUUUGAUGCAUGUUAUUCUUUCUAAUUGGAUAGAAGACAGCAAUAUUAUUUUUCAACAUCCUUA